AUGUCUUGCUGUGUGGUUCUGAGGGGGUUCUGUGUGGGCUUGGUCCUGCUCUCCCUGUGGUCUCCAUGCUAUGGGGAGCUGACCCUGAACUCUGUCCCUCUGGCCCCUGCCAGGGGCCCCUCUAGGGGAGGGCCCCCGAGGCAAGGGGGGUACGGCUGGGGCCCGGCCCGGUCCAGACGCAGCUGGGUCUGGAACCAGUUCUUUGUUCUGGAGGAGUACACAGGGGACGAGCCCCUCUACGUGGGAAAGCUCCACUCGGACAUGGACCGGGGCGACGGUCAGGUGACCUACGUGCUGAGCGGAGAGGGCGCUCCCUCCAUCUUCACCAUCGACCCUAACACGGGCGACAUCCACGCCACCAAGCGGCUGGACCGCGAGGCCCAGGCCUACUACACACUGCGCGCCCAGGCCCGCGACCGCGCCUCGGCCCGGCCCGUGGAGCCUGAGUCCCAGUUCGUGGUCAAGGUGCAGGACAUCAACGACAACGAGCCGCGCUUUCUGGACGGGCCGUACGCGGCCAGCGUGCCCGAGAUGUCCCCCAUGGGGACGUCAGUGGUGACGGUGGUGGCCACGGAUGCAGACGACCCGACCUAUGGGAACAGUGCCCGGGUGGUGUACAGCAUCCUGCAAGGACAGCCCUACUUCUCUGUGGAGCCCAAGACCGGCCUGAUCCGCACGGCCCUUGCCGACAUGGACCGUGAGUCCCGGGACCAGUACCUCCUGGUGAUCCAGGCCAAGGACAUGGUAGGCCAGAUGGGGGGGCUGUCCGGGACCACCUCCGUUACCGUGACGCUGAGCGACGUCAACGACAACCCCCCGCACUUUUACCGCAAGAGCUACCAGUACCUGGUCCCGGAGUCCGCCCCGCUGGCAUCGCUGGUGGCCAAGGUGAAGGCCGUGGACUCGGACCUGGGCUCCAACGCAGACGUGGACUACAGCAUCCUGGACGGAGACCCUCUGGGAAUGUUCCGGAUCGUCACGGACCGGGAGACCCAGGAGGGGCUGCUCACGCUGCAGAAGGUUCUUGACUACGAAGCCCGCCCCAGCUACACCCUGACGGUGGAGGUGACCAACCGCUACGUGGAUCCUCGCUUUGUGGCGCUUGGUCCGUUCAGCGACCGUGCCACCGUCCGUCUGCUGGUGAAGAACGUAGACGAGCCCCCCGUGUUCUCCUCCGACCUCGCCAAGAUGGCCGUCUCGGAGGCGGUCGACGUGGGCACCAGUGUCGGCAGGGUGUCGGCUCUGGACCCGGACUCCACCAACAGCCCCGUCAGGUACUCUAUUGACAGGAACACAGACCUGGAGCGGUACUUCCACAUCGACGGGUCCACCGGGGAGCUCAGAACGGCCCGGCUGCUGGACCGAGAGCUGGUCUCCCUGCACAACAUCACUGUGACGGCCUCAGAGAGCCUGGACCCGAGCCAGGUGGGGACGUCUGUGGUUCUGAUCUCCGUCACCGACGUCAACGACAACGCUCCAGCCUUCGCCAUCGACUACCAACCGUUUGUGUGUGAGAACGCCAGGUCCGGCCAGGUGAUCGAGACCAUCAGCGCGGUGGACAGAGACGAACCUCAGACCGGACACCGCUUCCUGUUCUCCCUGCUGUCCCCGGGGGACGGGGCGACGGCCAACUUCACCCUCCGGGACAACCAGGACAACACCGCCUCCGUGCUGACCCGGCGGGCGGGGUUCCUGCGCCGGGAGCGGCCGCUCCACCUGCUGCCCGUGCUGAUCUCCGACGCCGGCCCCCCCGCCCUCAGCAGCACCGGCACCCUCUCGGUCCGGGUGUGUGCGUGCGACGCGGACGGGGGGCGUUCGCUCUGCGGCGAGGAGUCGUCCCUCCUGCGGGCGGCGGGACUCAGCCCUGCGGCCCUGCUCUCCAUCCUGGCCUGCCUCCUCCUGCUGCUGGGUCUGGGCCUGCUGGUCGCCACCGCCAGGCGCAGGAGGAGGAACCCCUUCACCCUGGACGACGACCGCGACGUCCGGGAGAACAUCGUCCGCUACGACGACGAGGGCGGCGGCGAGGAGGACACAGAGGCCUUCGACAUGGCGGCGCUCCGACACCUCAACGCCACGCGGGACGGCGAGGGCGCCGGCACCCGCCGCUACGACAACGCCCCGGAGCUCUUGGCGGCGCGCUACAGAGAGCCGCAACACAACGCCACCGUGGCGAUGGCGCCGCCGCCACCGACGCAAGUCCAGCCUCCGCCGCCGCCGCCGGCACCGGACAACACAGUGUUCCGCGAGUUCAUCCUGAGCCGGCUGCUGGAGGCGGACCUGGACUCGGCGGCGCCCCCGUACGACUCGCUGCAGACCUACGCCUUCGAGGGCAGCGGCUCGGCGGCCGAGUCCCUCAGCUCCCUGGAGUCCCCGAGCUCCGAGUCGGAGCACGCCUACGACUUCCUGACGGAGUGGGGGGCGGACUUCGGGAAACUGGCGGACCUCUACGGACACAGCGACGGGCGUAGCAGUAAGACUGACCUCCGGUCGCCCAGGCUAGUGGUGGGGGAACCAGGGGGGGCGGAGCCAACCGUCCCACUGAGACGGUAGACGGAGGGACACCGGGGGAGGGGGGGAAACCCCCGUUGGGAGAGUGUUGGGGUUGUCAGAAGAACACCAUGCGUAAGUUUACUUCACUGAGAGAGGAAGACUAAAUUCCGUCUGUCAGAACGCGUUGGAAGGGAGAAGGAGGGAAUUGACCCGGAGGUCAACUGAUUUCUGUGGGUUUCUGUUCCAUAUAAAAAACUGUUUAUAAUCGGACCCACAACUAAGACACUUGCACUGGGAAAAUCGAUAAAUCUCUGGAAAUUUAACUAAGAAUAAACCUUGAUUGUACAUUCAUCAUUCCAGAUGAAUUUAGACAUUAUUCCAAUGAAACAAAUGUAGGGAAAGUUAUACAAACUGUUUGGUAUAUUAGUCUGUGGUCUUUAAUUCCUAACUUGAAAAUGUUCCUCUACCUCAAAAUUCCCCCAAUUUCUUGUAUAUUAGCACUGGCCAUAUUUACACUCCAUCUAUUUUCCAUAUGCCAUGCUGUGACAUCCGUUUUCAAAAUCAUCAUGUGUACAAAGUCGCCCCAGAACGUUAACAAUCGAAUUAGCAUUUCCAGCUAGCUUUACCGGCUUUGGCAUAGUUACAUGAUCGUAUCGACAAAGGACAUUUUUGUUGGAUUGCUUGUUGGUGUGAUAUUUUAAUGUCAGUUACAAACUGUUGUUCAUAUCUUUAUGUUUGUUAGUUAUUUUGUAUUGUAAAGGAAACAUCAAAGCUUCGUGUAUUAAGUGUGCGAUAUAUGCCAAGUCAAUUCUGACACUGAAUCUAGAUGAUGAUAAAGACAGUAAUGUUUUACUGUUUUGUUUCAAGUUUCCAGAUGUAUUUGUCAUGUACACAAUUUUACAGCUACCAUCUGAAUAUAAAUAGUUGUGAAACAUUUCAUCGUAUUAAACAAUUAUCUAAUUAAACAAUAAGAUACAAAGAAAAUAAUGACAAUACAAUUAUAUGGCAUACUGUAGGAAACAAAGUGUAAACGUAUCAAAAUGAAAUAAUGGUAUGACGUUCUCCAUUACAAUAUACAAGAAAGAAAAUGUAAGCACCAUUUAUAAAGACGCCAAAUAGGGUUUAAGGCAUAAGAAUGGUGGCCCAUGUCCGACAAAGGUCAUGAUACCUUUUCAAAUUGAGCUUGCCUCUGCACAAAAGUACCAUAAGAACGACUUCCUCCUCCUGUGUCCUUACUGACAUCUAGUGGUGAAAAGUAAGUUCAGCGGUGCUUCUCGUAGUUUAUGUGCGUUCAUUCCAGUUAACUGCCAACGGAUGUGUGGCGUGUGCUUCCAUCAACGCUACAGACUCAGAGUUGAGCACACAUCCCGCCAAGACAAAUAUAUUUAGUCACAGGUUUUUUGAAAACAUGCCGGAAAUAAAUUAG